GGCAACAAGGAGCCACAACAAUGUUUUGGAAACCAAAUGAUGCGGAACAAUGUAACUAUCCAAGACAGCGAUAUUCAAAGAAUGGAAAAUGAGUUGAAAAUAUUGAAGCUGCAAAAUGAGAUCGACCAGUUAAAAAAUAAACAACAACGAAGUAACGACACAGACUCAAGCAUUUCUUUCGAAAUUUUAAAGGAGAUCGUUAAGGUAUACGAUGGCGGAAACAAUUUCAAUGUUUGGAUAUCUCAACUUUUGAAUGUCCAGAAAAAUUUCAAGGUCGGCGACGAGAUGAUGCGUGCGCUGAUUCACUACAAAGUUAAGGGCGAUGCUGAAAUAUGGACACAGCGGAUAAAAUGUUAAGCCACCUGGAGAAAAUGUUCGUAAUGUCCAAAGAAUCAAAGUUGAGUAUGCGGCAGAAGCUACAGAACUGCGUCUGGAUCAAAGGUGAGGAGUUCUCCAAGUACUACAACGAGAAGUGGCAGCUGGCGGAUAACUUAGCACUGGCAGAAGAUGAAUUUUUGGAAUAUGUCAUUGACGGCAUACACGAUGUCAAUCUACGCAAUCUGGCUAAGUCGCGUUCGUUCAAGACCGGAUUGGAGCUUCUGGAGGCAUUCCGAAACGUUGAGUUGGGCUACGUUCCUAAGCCCAAGUUACCGGAAGACCGUAGAGCAGGAGAUUUUCAGAAGCCACGAGGUAAUGCAGAGUGCUACAAUUGCCACAGUCGGGGCCACCUGGCCAAAGAGUGCCGCAAGCCUAAGAGACAAGAUGGGGCUUGUUACGCAUGUGGCUUGCAAGGACAUGUUGCUAAGGAGUGCAACCAAUACAAGAAGUCGAAGGGCGGGGACAACGAUUAUAAUGUCUCAUAGAUUCUGGCAGCCCGAUAAGUAUUAUUAAAAAACGUUUUAUACCAAGUCAAAUUAAAAUGGAAAAGACUACUUCUUUAAGUUACGUUGGAUUAAAUUUAAGUAAAUUACAAAUACAUGGAAGCGUAAAAUGUUCAGUUAAAUUUUCAAAUAAAGAUACUCCUAUGUUAUUAUAUGUCGUGGAUGAUGAAUCUAUGGGAUAUGCUAUGUUAUUGGGAAGGGAUUUUUUAGCAAGAGCAAAGGCCAAAAUUGUAAUUGAUAAUGAACACGAAAAAAUAUCUGAAAUAAAAAAAGAUUCGAUAGUUGAAGAAAAUCAAAAUACAAAUAAAGAAUCUAAAAGUCAUUAUGAGACAAACGCAGACGAACAAAAUAAUUUUGAAAAACAACUAUUAUUAAUUGAUUACAAUGAUAAUGAAAAUGUAUAUGAGAUAGGUUCACAAUUAAAUUUUAAACAAAGACGCGAAU